CAUGGAUUUAACAAAAUUAACAGCUUAUCAAAUAGUGAGAUACAAGAAAUAUAAAUACUAUUUGUUCAGAGAAAAUUUCAUGUUUUUAGCUUAAUAGUUAAGCUGGGAUUUCGAACUGUGAGAAUGUUUCAAUAGUGGUUGAAAAUUAUCUACCCUCUUUGUUCCCCUUUUGAAUCUAACUUUGUGGGCUCUUGAGAGAAGUUUAAAAAAGGUUAACUCUUGAGAUUUGAAUAUACACAUUUUCAGCUCCAAUGUUCACGUGUACUUAAAAGAUGAUCCCAAAGAGUUUCUAUAACUAUGAUCAUUUCAUAGUAUUGGUAGUUAGUUGCAUCCUUUGUUGAAUAAUUGUUCUUCAAACUUACUGUCUUUUAAAUUAGUUCUUUCAUGGUAGCCUACAAAUAAGCAACUAUCAAGGGCAGUAGCAAAAAAGGCCUUUUAAAACAAAGCUGGCAAACAUUUGGAGUUAUCUGGAGUUUGGACAAUUCUCUUUAAUUCAAAAGUCACGUGUUAUGUGCAUUAAAAUUCAUUUCAGAAAUGAAUUUCCCAGAUAUGGGAAAAAGUUGUUUUGGGGGAAAUUUCACUAGUAAAUCUUCGAUCUUUAAAACUCUGAGUGAGUGAAUUAAACAUUGACCAUUUGCAAACUAUCUUCACGGCGUAUCCUAGGUAUUACUUUCUAAAGGUGUGUUUUUUUUAGUUUUAAAUAUUUGGGGGUCCAGGGGAAUGAUGACGUUUUCCAGCAUACACUUUUUUGGUCUUUUCCUCUGCUAAGUCUUGGAAUUGCCCUCUCUAAGUAUUAAAGAGAACUGCUGUCAAGAAAGGUAUUUCCUUUUCAAGAUGGACGUUUCACCCAAGCAAAAUAUUGUUUUAGGCAGGAGAAUUCUAAUUUUGAAGAAGGAAACAUCAAAAACACUUUUUAUUCCUGAUUCCUCGUCCCGCGUUUAGAAAAUACAAAUUAAAUCUUAAUUGUAAUCUUUGCCCAUCGUGUAACCGAGCGAUGGGGCCAGACUUGAGGGCGAAGGCUUUACUCGGUGAGCGACGUGCGCGUGAACCCCCGGCGCUCUCCCCCGAUCUCGGGGCUGAUAGUCUCCAACAUGGAGGAUGCUUCUGAUUCUUCGCGAGGGGCUGUUCCAUUAAUUAAUAAUGUGGCUCUCCCAGGCUUUCCGCCGUCUCUUCCUGUAUCAGUGACAGGCUGCAAAAGUCACCGAGCAGCCAAUAAAAAGGUAGCAGCGAGAAGUGCAAGGCUCCUCCCAACAGCUCUUCCUCCUUCGGAGCCGAAAGUCGCUCAGAAACUUCCCGGGAGCUCCGCGAGGCGGGGAAGUGGCGGCGGGACAAUGAUGGGAGAAGGAAAGAGGGAUUUCAAGAAGGAGAAAAGGUUAAAGAAUAGUGAAUUAUAUCGGCUACAUGUAAUUAUUGCAAAGAAGACCAGAGUAAUAGAUUUUUAUUUUUGUUUUUUAAUCAGUGACUUUUUUGAACGAACCAUUCUGUGCAACAGUCUUGUGUGGAGUUGUGCUGUGACGGGUAGACCUGGACUGACCUAUCAGGAAGCACUUGAGUCAGAAAAAAGAGCAAGACAGAAUCUUCAGAGUUUUCCAGAACCACUAAUUAUUCCAGUUUUAUACUUGACCAACCUUACCCAUCGUUCACGCUUACAUGAAAUUUGUGAUGAUAUUUUUGCAUAUAUCAAGGAUCGAUAUUUUGUCGAAGAAACUGUGGAAGUCAUUAGGAACAAUGGUGCAAGGUUACAGUGUAGGAUUUUGGAAGUCCUCCCUCCGUCACAUCAGAAUGGUUUUUCUAAUGGACAUGUCAGUAGUGUAGAUGGAGAAACUAUUAUUAUCAGUGAUAGUGAUGAUUCAGAAACACAAAACAGUUCUUUUCAAAAUAGGAAGAAACGAGAUGCAAUUGAUCCCUUAUUAUUCAAGUACAAGGUGCAAGCCACUAAAAAAGAAUUAUUUGAGUGUGCUAUUGUUAAAGCCACACAAAUCAGCCGGAGAAAACACCUAUUUUCUCGUGAUAAACUAAAGCUUUUUCUAAAGCAACACUGUGAAACACAAGAUGGAGUCAUUAAAAUUAAGGCAUCCUCUCUUUCAACAUAUAAAAUAGCAGACCAAGAUUUUUCUUAUUUUUUCCCUGAUGAUCCACCCACCUUUCUCUUCAGUACUGCUAGCAGGAGAAGAGGGAGACCACCCAAACGAAUAUCUAUUAGUCAGGAGGCCAGUCUUGCUAAUAAACAGACUAUUGGAAAUUAUAGGAAUAAAGCUACUAAAGAAAGAGACAAACUUUUGAAACAAGAAGAAAUGAAAUCACUGGCUUUUGAAAAGGCUAAAUUAAAAAGAGAAAAAGCAGAUGCCCUAGAAGCAAAGAAAAAAGAAAGGGAAGAUAAAGAGAAAAAGAAGGAAGAGUUGAAAAAAAUUGUUGAAGAAGAGAGAAUGAAGAAAAAAGAAGAAAAAGAAAGGCUUAAAAUAGAAAGAGAAAAGGAAAGAGAGAAGUUACGUGAAGAAAAGCGAAAAUAUAUAGAACACUUAAAACAGUGGAAUAAACCUAGAGAAGAUAUGGAAUGUGAUGAUCUUAAGGAACUUCCAGAACCAACUCCAGUGAAAACUAGACUACCUCCUGAAAUCUUUGGUGAUGCUCUGAUGGUAUUAGAGUUCCUUAAUGCAUUUGGGGAACUUUUUGAUCUUCAAGAUGAAUUUCCUGAGGGAGUAACCCUAGAAGUGUUAGAGGAAGCUCUUGUAGGAAAUGACAGUGAAGGCCCACUAUGUGAAUUGCUUUUUUUCUUCCUGACUGCCAUCUUCCAGGCGAUAGCUGAAGAAGAAGAGGAAGUUGCCAAAGAGCAAAUAACUGAUGCUGACACCAAAGAUUUAACAGAGGCUUUGGAUGAAGAUGCAGACCCCACAAAAUCUGCACUGUCUGCAGUUGCAUCUUUGGCAGCUGCUUGGCCCCAGUUGCACCAGGGCUGCAGUUUGAAAAGUUUGGAUCUUGAUAGCUGCACCCUUUCUGAAAUCCUCAGACUGCACAUCUUAGCUUCAGGUGCUGAUGUAACAUCAGCAAAUGCAAAGUACAGAUAUCAAAAACGAGGAGGAUUUGAUGCUACAGAUGAUGCCUGUAUGGAGCUUCGUUUAAGCAAUCCCAGUUUAGUGAAGAAACUGUCAAGCACUUCAGUUUAUGAUUUGACACCAGGAGAAAAAAUGAAGAUACUUCAUGCUCUCUGUGGGAAACUACUGACCCUAGUUUCUACUAGGGAUUUUAUUGAAGAUUAUGUUGAUAUAUUACGACAGGCCAAGCAGGAGUUCCGGGAGUUAAAAGCAGAACAACACCGAAAAGAACGGGAAGAAGCAGCUGCUAGAAUUCGUAAAAGGAAGGCAGAGAAACUUAAGGAGCAAGAACAAAAAAUGAAAGAAAAACAAGAAAAACUGAAGGAAGAUGAGCAAAGAAAUUCAGCUGCAGAUAUGUCAAUUGGGGAGGAAGAAAGAGAUUUUGAUACUAGCACUGACAGCAAAGAAAUAGAGCAAAAGGAACUAGAUCAAGAUACAGUCACCGAAGAUGAAGAUGACCCAGGAUCACAUAAAAGAAGCAGAAGGGGGAAAAGGGGACAAAAUGGAUUUAAAGAAUUUACAAGACAAGAAGAGAUCAACUGUUUAACAAGAGAGCCUCUUACUGCUGAUGAGGAAGAAGCUUUAAAACAUGAACACCAACGAAAAGAGAAAGAGCUCUUAGAAAAAAUCCAAAGUGCCAUAGCAUGCACUAAUAUCUUUCCCUUGGGACGUGACCGAAUGUAUAGGCGAUAUUGGAUUUUCCCUUCUAUUCCUGGAUUGUUUAUUGAAGAGGAUUAUUCUGGUCUCACUGAAGACAUGCUGUUGCCUAGACCUUCAUCAUUUCAGAAUAAUGUACAGUUUCAAAAUGCUCAGGUAUCCACUAAAACUGGAGAGUCUUUGAUGUCUGAAUCUACCUCCAACAUUGACCAAGAUCCAUGUGAUGAUUCUGUGCAACUGCCAAAACCAGUGCAUAAGCCAAAUCGGUGGUGCUUUUACAGUUCUUGUGAACAGCUAGACCAGCUUAUUGAAGCUCUUAAUUCUAGAGGACAUAGAGAAAGUGCCUUAAAAGAAACUUUGUUACAAGAGAAAAGCAGAAUAUGUGCACAGCUAGCCCGUUUUUCUGAAGAGAAAUUCCAUUUUUCAGACAAACCUCAAAAUGAUAGCAAACCUACAUAUACUCGGGGAAGAGCUUCCAAUGCAUAUGAUCCAUCUCAGAUGUCUGCAGAGAGGCAACUUGAAUUGAGGCUGAGAGAUUUUCUUUUGGAUAUUGAAGACAGAAUCUACCAAGGAACAUUAGGAGCAAUAAAGGUUACAGAUCGACACAUCUGGAGAUCAGCAUUAGAAAAUGGACGGUAUGAGCUGUUAAUUGAAGAAAACAAGGAAAAUGGGAUAAUUAAAACUGUGAAUGAAAAUGUUGAAGACAUGGAAAUUGAUGAGCAAGCAAAGGUCAUAGUAAAAGACAGACUUUUGGGCAUAAAAACAGAAACUCCAAGUACUGUCUCAACAAAUGCAAGUACACCGCAAUCAGUGAGCAACGUGGUUCAUUAUCUGGCAAUGGCACUCUUUCAAAUAGAGCAAGGCAUUGAGCGGCGUUUUCUCAAAGCUCCACUUGAUGCCAGUGACAGUGGGCGUUCUUAUAAAACAGUCCUGGACCGUUGGAGAGAGUCGCUUCUUUCUUCUGCUAGUCUAUCCCAAGUCUUUCUUCACCUCUCCACCUUGGAUCGAAGUGUGAUAUGGUCUAAGUCUAUACUGAAUGCUCGUUGUAAGAUCUGCCGAAAGAAAGGUGAUGCUGAAAACAUGGUACUUUGUGAUGGCUGUGAUCGGGGUCAUCAUACUUACUGUGUUCGACCAAAACUCAAGACUGUACCUGAAGGAGAUUGGUUUUGUCCAGAGUGUCGGCCAAAGCAACGUUCUAGAAGACUUUCCUCUAGACAGAGACCAUCCUUGGAAAGUGAUGAAGAGAUGGAAGACAGUAUGGAAGGUGAAGAUGAUGAAGUUGAUGGUGACUAUGAAGAGGGUCAAAGUGAGGAGGAAGAGUAUGAGAUAGAACAAGAUGAAGAUGACUCCCAAGGAGAGGAAGAAAUCAGCCCACCAAAACGAGGAAGACCACAAGUUAGAUUGCCAAUUAAAACAAGAGGGAGACUUAACUCUUCUUUUUCAAGUCGUGGCCAACAAGAUCCUAGAAGAUAUACUUCAAGAAGUCAGCAGAGUACACCCAAAACAUCUGUUUCUUCUAAAACUACUAGUAGAAACCUAAGGAAGAUAAAGUCUGCUCCUCCUACAGAAACUAAAUCUUUAAGAAUUGCCAGUCGUUCUACUCGCCAGAGUCAUGGUCCAUUGCAAGCAGAUGUAUUUGUGGAACUACUUAGUCCUCGUAGAAAACGAAGAGGCAGGACAAGUGCUAAUAAUACACCAGAAAAUAGUCCCAACUUGCCUAACUUCAGAGUCAUUGCCACAAAGUCAAGUGGACAGUCAAGAUCUCUAAAUGUUGCUUCAAAACUUUCUCUCCAAGAUAGUGAAUCCAAGAGAAGAGGCAGGAAAAGACAAUCUGCAGAAUCAUCUCCUGUGACACUGAAUCGAAGAAGUUCAGGCCGACAGGGAGGAGUUCAUGAAUUGUCUGCUUUUGAACAACUUGUUGUAGAAUUGGUACGGCAUGAUGACAGCUGGCCUUUUUUGAAACUCGUUUCUAAAAUCCAGGUUCCAGACUAUUAUGACAUCAUCAAAAAACCCAUUGCCUUAAAUAUAAUUCGUGAAAAGGUGAACAAAUGUGAAUAUAAAUUAGCAUCUGAGUUUAUUGAUGAUAUUGAAUUAAUGUUUUCGAACUGCUUUGAGUACAACCCUCGUAACACAAGUGAAGCAAAAGCUGGAACGAGGCUUCAAGCAUUUUUCCAUAUUCAGGCUCAAAAACUUGGACUUCACAUCACAACUGGGAAUGUGGAUCAAGUUAGCACUCCACCAGCUACAAAAAAGUCACGAAUCUAAUUUUGUCCUUCUAAAGGAUAUAUUUGAGGAAAACAAAUUAUUCGUGAAAUGGAACAUUAAAUCAUGCUACAAAGCAGACAUAUAUGUAUAAAGCAAUAACAACUGAUUGACCACUUUGAAGUGUGGCCUGCACUAUAUUCUCAAUUUUAAUAUUAAGCACUCAGGAGAAUGUAGGAAAGAUUUCCUUUGCUACAGUUUUGUUCAGUAUCUGAUAAGUUUGACAGAUGUAUUGGAUACAGUACUGGUUUACAGAGGUUUUUGUACAUUUUGAGAUCAUUCAUGUGUCCCAAUAUCUUAGAAAAUAUUUUUUCACCUAUGAUUUAUUUUGUCAUUGAUGACUUUUCUUAGACAUGUGGUAUUAAGAGAGAUUUAUCUACACAGAUAAAUCUUCUGUUUAUACACAGAAAAAAAAGUGUAUAUGUCUAAAAAUCUUUAAUGAGCACAUUCUUUCAACACUACACAUGAAUGAAUCUAAUUUUAUAUCCUUGAAGUGCUGGACCAGUGCUGGCUAGAGGUAUUAAGUCUGAGUUUAUUAACUAGAUAUUUAUUUAGCAUUCAGAGUUAAUUUGUGAAUUUGUUUUGUAUUUAUAAAAUUUGUACCUGGAAAAUGUUCUUUAAUUUUUUAAGCGUUUUAUUGUUUUUGUUUUAUUUCUCUUAACUUCGUUAAUGAGCAUUGAAUAAAAGGUAACACCCUUCCUUUUCCCUGACAGUUCUUCCAGUUUUACAGAAUAAAUUUCUGUGUACAACUUUUUAAGUGUACAAAUAAAGUGAUACAUUUUUUCAAAUA